AAAAAAUUAUCUUAUCUCUCUCUUCGUCCAGUAUUUCAUUUCAGAAGAUCUUUUUUGGCUCAAGCCAUUUUGAUUCAAGUGCGAUUCCCGUGGCAGGCCUGUUUGUUCAACUCCGUUCUGCCAGUUCACAGAGGGAUGCUUUACGCCAGUGGCAGCGGCUUCGGCGGAGGUGGCGCGGGCAUGGGCUACGGCGGCGCGUAUGGCGGCGACGCGGGUUGUUGUGGCAGUUCUUCGGGUUACGGCUACGGUGGGGCCGGUGGCUACGGCCUAGCGGGUGGUUGCCCGCCCCAGACCCAAACCUACGUCGGGCCAAUGGGCGACUACGUGCAGGAGACAACGUACAAGUAUGUUGGCAUGGGGGCCAGCGGCCCAGAAGCACGUUCGGAAACGGUCAUUUCGAGCACAUUGCCCCUUCCUUACCGUGGCCCCAACUGCUUCUGCUUAUGCCUCAUCCCCUUGCUACUGUGCCUGCUGUUGCUCCCGCUGCUCUGCUGGUUCCUGAUGGGCUCAGCCAGCACCACGACAACGACCACCACAGUUCUCAUCACUACACCACCACCGCUGCUGGCAAUGACACCUCCGCCUGAUGCUCCCACGACGACCAAGAAAACAACCACCACCGAGGCGCCUCCGCCCCCGCCCCCGCCGCCCCCGCCGCCGCCUCCGCCACCCCCGCCGCCCCCGCCCCCGCCGCCACCGCCGGUGACGACCACGGAGAAAAAGGUCGACUGCGCGGAGGGCGAUCCGCCGUCUUGGGAUGUCUCCAAGAAGGUCACUUGCUGCUUGCAGGCAGGCAGAGGGUGCCCCACGACGCCGCCGCCGCCUCCCCCACCGCCCCCACCGCCGGCGCCCGUGGCUCCGCCCCCGCCGCCGCCCCCACCACCGCCGGCUCCUGUGGCGCCGCCCCCGCCGCCUCCGCCGGCUCCCGUGGCGCCGCCCCCGCCGCCGCCGGCUCCUGUGGCGCCGUCUGAGCCGUACGACUGCAACGCUGGCUACUCGAACUGGGAGGCGGGGUGGUCUGCGGACAAGAAGGGGUGGUGCUGCUCCAAUAAGCACAUGGGCUGCGUGGAGACGCCGUCCGAGCCGUAUGAUUGCAACGCUGGGUACUCGAACUGGGAGGCUGGCUGGUCCCAGGACAAGAAGGACUGGUGUUGUCCGAACAAACAGAUGGGUUGCCCAGAAGCUUCAUCGAAGCCUUAUGAUUGUGACGCAGGUUAUUCCAACUGGGAGGCGGGAUGGAGCGAUGACAAGAAGGAGUGGUGUUGCACCAACGAGAAGAAGGGGUGCCCGCAGUGAGUUGGCAUACGUAGCAGGUUCUUUGCGUAGUGCCGUGAGCAAACCAGUCGCAGCCUCAUCUGUUGUUCAUGUGAGUUUGUUGCUAUUGCCGUCACUUUGCAUGCGCAUAGCGCGAACACAUACGUGCGAUGUUUUUCUUGGAUUGCAUCCGUAGGAGGCCAGGGCGGCGUGGUCAUCCGUACCUCCCAGAUGUUCUAUCAGCGUGGGCUUUGAAGAGAGACCCUUCUCGAGGCAUGCGCAAUGGCUGUUGCUCCCCUCGGUAGGCAAAGCUACUGCGAGAGGGGGGCAGCGUCCAUGGUUGGCGCGAGAGUGACCGUCGUCGUCGCCGCGGGAGAGAGACAAAACAUGGCUGAUCCACCCCUCCCGUACCCAAGUGAAGUGCUCCUCCUGGGGCUCGCACCCCGUCUUUUGCAGGGGCAGGUCUUGCG